CUCUUCAGUACCUUACUCGGAACCCCCUCCUCUUCCCCUAUCUACUGAGCAGGAUUCCCUGGAAUUGUCAUUCAUCACCCCACUAGCGCCGCCGGGUUGAAGGCCUUUCCUCGGAGCUAGAAUAGUCCUGAUGAACCGCUCGGUAUGCGGCGCGCACGUUUGGUGGCUGUCCACCGCCGCCGCGCGAGAUUGACAAGCCCGCGGGCGCCUCGAGAACCAACAGAGAGAAACAGAAAACAAAUCAUGGCCGUGCUUCUACUCGUCUCUUAUUGUUUUCUUUCUAUUUUUUUUCUCUCUUCCUCUCUUGGGUGCCCGAUAGGCCGCCGUUAUGCGAUCGGCGACUGACAUGUUUUCGCCCAGACACGCACACACACACACACACACACCAGAGACACGCACACCACCUGCAAAGAACAGGAGCUCGAAACGACGGCAAUACGAGCUGCAUGUCUGCAGAACCCGUCGAUCGCUCGAUAGCGAGUCAUUUCGUAAUCUCGAAAGCUGGCCGUGGCCCGACUUGCCGUGAUCUGGUCUCCCUCCAGCCAGACAAGAAUUCACUCAACUCAGUCCGAUUACACGCAAACGGGCCACUUGCAACUCGCAUAAUCGAACCCAUGGGCCGGGACUCUCGGACGUUGUACCCAGGAUGGCCCGGAAAUUGCCCAGAGACACAGCGUCCACCGGUCGGUCGGCGGUUGGCGGCCGGUGAACAAUCCAGUUGAGCCACACACGCACCCAACCAAGAGAGAGUGUUCGAAAAAGAACAAGAAAAAAAAAAAGGGGGAGAAAGGAAGAAGAAGAGGGAAACGCGUGCGUAAAAGCCAUCGGCCUGGCUAGCUCAGCUUGUCACCUACCCACCCGGUCUGUGCCAUUUUGGCCAGGCUUGCUGCCGUGCGGUUGGGAUUGUGGAAUCUAAUUCAAGCUUUAGGUUUCUGCAGCUGUGUAUGUCAUGCGUGGCUUUUGCCCUUUUUCUUCUCUUCAUCCGCUGCCAAGUUCCCCGACAUCACGAACUUCAACUCUUGGGACAUGUGUCCAGUACCGAUGAUGAGCUGUCUCGAAGAGUAUGUCUGUCUUCAUUCCCGCCGUGUCCCUCUGGGCCCGCCCUACUUGAGCCUAGAAUUGCGCCUCGGACUUGGACACGCAACGCGUUCCGUCUUUCCCCUCAUUCUAAGCUGGGAAAGGUGAGGAUUCUCAAUGACUUGUGCGUUCGCCUCCAUCACCAACUCCAUAUCGUCGUA